AUCCGGCAAAAUGACUUUUCGCAAACUGUCAAAACAGUACUGUAAACAUUUAUCUCUUCGAUCGUAAUAUUUACGCGCUACGUGCGCACAUUUGUGUGAAAGUUAUUGUACGAAUUUAUUGCCCCCAAAAAGGAUACAAUAUGUUCAUUAAGCCAUUUAAGAUCAAGUCUAACAUUCUCGUGACGGGGUCCGAGAAGAAACGGCUAAGGCAGCGCGUAAUGGCACAGUUUAACCGGGCGGAUGAAGAAACGGCAACAUCACCGCUGGCUGAGCUGUUUGGGAACCGCGCCAAGGUGUGCACGGUUAAAAUCAUUACCUAUCACGAGGAACCGAUCACGGUGUACACCAGCGAUAAACGGCCAAUAUUUUUCGAGGUCGAUGGGAAGCUUCUGCCGACCGUUUAUACACUGUGGAGCUGUUCGGAUCUGGUGCCAGCUUUUACUACCCAUGCAACAGUACUGCCGAAGCUGGCGAACGGAGCCGAUCUGAUGAUUCCAGGCGUGGUGAAACAAGGAACGAAUCUUGCCUCUUGGGGACGGCAUCAGCGGGAUGACGUUGUGGCGGUUAAUCUAACAUCCAAUCGGGCCGCAGUCGGAGUUGGAUUGCUGGCACACUCUAGUAGCGAUCUGUACAUGUGCGGUGGGCAUGGAGUUUGCGUGAAAAUGAUGCACGUGUUCGGUGAUAAGCUGUGGGGUAUGGAACCAUCGGUGUGUCAGCAGGUGCCACUGCAAGGAUCGGUUGUGUCCGUACCGACGGAUUCCGAUUUUCCUCCACUAGGAAGCGAAAAAGUGAAACCAGUGGGUGAUUCUGUAAAAGAAGUUGCAAAAACACUAGCAAAAACGGCCAUCACUGGCAACGAUGAAUCUGGAAGCGAAGGUGACACUUCGGACGAAGAAAUCGAAGAACCGGAAGAGGAAGAAAAGCCCCCCAAUCCCGACGAUCUAAUAAAGGGUGCGUUCCUGAACGCUCUGAAACUCCACGGCAAGAAAAUAACGCUUCCGCUGCUUACGAGUACGUUCUAUCCUCAGUACGUCCAGCCGGAAAUACCGGAAGGAAUCGAAAUGAAGAAAAGCUCGUUCAAGAAGGUGGGCACCUUUUUCAAGCGAAUGGCCGAAGAAGGAAUAAUCGAGAUAAAGGAAGAGAAAAAGGGUAUCGAAAAAGUGACCGCACUAAAUCUGGAACAUCCGGCUGUAUUAUCAUUUUAUCCGUACAAGGUGACAAAGGCUUCUACCGAGCAGGAAGCGAUUGGUACAGGUUCGGCGGGCGCCGCAUCGAACCCUUUGCUGUUGACUAAAAUGACGGCCAUGUAUGCCGUAAACGAACGGACGGCGAAGCUGUUUGGUUGUUUCAAUGUGGCCCUCGGUACCGCACUAGAUGUAACGCAAGUACGCAACUACAUGCGAGACUACGUGGGACGGAACAAACUGAUAAACCCAUCCACCAAGUUAGUGCAAUUAGAUGAAACGUUGCAGGGCAUUUGCGGUACCAGCGAAGAACUUGUUGCCCUGUCGGAUCUCACCGAAACGGUGCUAAACAGUCUAACUAGCACGUUCGAAAUGCGAAGUCAGAAAGGAGCUGUAAUGAAGGGUGGCAAGCGGGCCGUCAUACACUUGACGACGGCAACACGCAGUGGAAACAAGAAGGUCACGCUCAUUAGCAACCUCGCGGAUUAUGGUAUUAAUGUGAACGAUUUUGCGAAAGCCGUAAAGCUCGGUGCGGCGGCCAGUACGACAAUGACCGAAGUGCCCGGCUCGAAGGGUGAGCAGCUAAUGGUACAGGGCAAUCAUGUAAAGUUUGUAUUUGAAUUGCUUACCACAACGUACCAAGUGCCGAAAGCUUGCAUAACGGGGUUAGAGUUUGCCAAGGAACAGAAAAAGAAAAAGAAGAAAUAAGUUUACUCAACCCGACCCGGUCUGGACGUUUUACGAUGAAAAUAAAAUGAUAAAAUUUUGCGGAAGUAGA